AUGGAAAGUGAUGUGCCAAUUGCUAAAAAUGAAAAUUCAAGCAAAGGGAAAGACAUUGUUUUUGAAAGUGAUGCAUGUGUUGAAGAGUUGAAUAAUGAAGCCUCCAAUGAGGUUGAUGAUGCACCGAAGAGUGUUGUUUCCUGUCAUGCUAAAAAGUCAAAUGUGGGGGUUCUGCGUCCUUUGGUACCGACAAUGUUGUUGCCAAAAGAUACUCUGCUACUUCCUCAAAGAUCGAAGAAGAGGGAUGAAGACGUAAAGUUCCAAAAAUUUCUUUAUGUCUUCAAAACUUUUUCCAUUAAGCUCUCUUUAGUGGAGUCUUUGUUAGAAAUGCCGUGUCAUGCUAACUUUAUAAAAUAUUUGGUCACAAGGAAGAGAACUAUGGAUUUCGAGACAAUUGAAGUAUCCCAUAGUUAUACUGCCAUUAUGUCAAGCAAUGUGGUUGUCAAGAAGUAUGACCCUGGGGCAUUUACUAUGCCUUGCACUAUAGGGAUGAUCCAAUUCACGAAAGCACUGUGUUAUUUGGGGGAAAGUAUAAACUUAAUGCCCUUUGCCAUUUUCAAGCAAGUUGGGCCAGUAGAUAAAUUUAUAUUUUCGGCUUAUGUUGUGAUCCUUGAUUGCGAGAUUGAUGUUGAGGUCCCUAUUAUUCUUGGUAGGCCAUUUCUGGCCACCGAGAAAGCUCUAGUUGAUAUGGAAAUUGAUGAACUGAAAUUUAGUGUGAGUGAAGUCUCUUAUGGUGGUGAAUAUUUGGCUGCCGUGCUUUUAAACUAUGAUGGGGAAGAAAUUCAAGAUUAUGAUAAGGUAGUGGCUGCUCUAUCGGGUGUAGGUUGUUAUUCUAAUAUCCCUUUGAAAGUUGAUAUCAAUUUGAAGAAUAGGGAAAGUCCUCCCGCAAAGCCAUUUAUUGAGGAACCACCAAAACUCGAAUUGAAGGUACUUCCACCUCACCUUCGUUAUGUGUUCUUGGAAGACAGUAAUACUUUACCCAUGAUUAUUGUCGUGGAUUUGCUUGAAAAGCAAGCGCAAGCAUUUGUUAGUGUGUUGAAAAGGCUUAUCAAAGCUAUUGGGUAG